CUACAGCCCAUCUGUCUAUUCUUUACCUUUCCCUAUACCUUGUGUGUCCGUACCUAAUAAUCCGGAUUCAUCCACCCAUCUAACACUGCCUGUAACUUAUCCAUCUUUCCCGAUCUCCCGCCUCGCUUCUCCUUGCCGCCUAUACGUGACAUUCUCCCAUACACGCUUUCCUUGUCGAGGAACCACGACGACAAAGACAGUGACAGCGGCAGCUCUCUGUCUUCGAAGUAGUCGACGUUGACCAAGUCCGUCAUCCGCUCUUUUUUAUUCGACCUCGACUGCGCGACGGCGAAAAGGGGACACAUCUUUUGUGUAUAGGAUCGCUCGAAGAAGAAAGGACGAGGAGGAUUACACUACAGUACGACGCGAUUAGAGGAAACGACACACGAAUGAAUGUCUAGCCAUCGAUGAUUAUGGGGGAUUGAUUGACUGCCGCUACCGAUCUGUAUUGUUCGACGAAACGAGCCCCUUGCUCUUCGGUGGCGAUUGAGUUUUGGAAAGGGGUGGCCGAGUCCACAUCAUCACCAGCGAUCCUACUUGCUGACGAAAUCUAAUCACCCGUCUCCGCGUAAUCAAGGGUUGGCCUAAUCUUGGCUCGAAUCUAAUAAUUCAGCAUAUCCUAACCGACACAACAUAGUCGGUCUAGUAUCUAUCGUAACAAACUACCCGUUGUAAGAACAACAUCGCCGCUCUCGAUAUAGAAUUAUCCCGUCGCUCGACGGUUAGACGAAAGAAGAUAUAAUGGCAGGUCGCAGUGACGGCCCUGGGGGCAAUCGGGGCGAUUACGGAGAGGAAUGGGCUCGGGAUUUACGGAUUCAAUUCGAACAGCUCUUGAGAUCGAAACGAUUAAACGAAUUCGAACAAUCACGAGCGAAUCGAUCGCGCUUAGACUCGCCCGGCCCUCGGCAGCCCGCGUCGUCGUCUAACCUCCGAGCACAUUCGGCAGCGCCAUCUAGUAGCGGCAGUAGACCAUCAUCAUCAUACGCCCAAGGCCAUCCUUCUCCCGCGUCACCGCCAUCAUAUUCCUCAUUGCGAAAUCUACCGAAGAUUCCAACGCCACCUGCCCCCCAUGACCGAGAGUCACAGCAAUUCCGUAGUUUAAUCGUAUCGCUCUCCCUGACGCCAACAAAGUAUGAAAACCCUGGUCUGCUUGAUGAGGCCCUGCAAGUAAUACCUUUGGAGAGGAUAUAUAGCGAGGCCGAGGAGGAAUCUCAGGUAUUGCGAGCUCAGGCGGAUAGUAUGGGGGACGGUCGAAAACCCGACUGGGGUUACCAAGAUUGCGUAAUUCGGGCAUUAUUGAGAUGGUUCAAGCGAUCAUUCUUCAGCUGGGUUAAUAACCCGCCAUGUCCCGUCUGCAUGUCGCCAACUGUUGCGAGAGGCAGAACGCAACCGACACCCGAAGAGAGCGCCUGCGGAGCGUUACGGGUUGAGUUGUACGAGUGCUCUAACCAAGCGUGCCGGGCUUUCGAGCGGUUUCCGCGAUACAGCGACGUCUGGCGACUAUUACAGACGAGACGCGGCAGAUGCGGUGAGUGGGCUAACUGCUUCUCCAUGCUCUGCCGCGCAGUCGGUAGUCGCGUGCGCUGGGUCUGGAAUGCCGAAGAUCACGUAUGGACGGAGGUAUACUCGGAACAUAAGCAGCGGUGGAUUCAUGUCGACGCGUGUGAGGAAGCUUGGGAUAACCCGCGACUCUAUACCGACGGCUGGGGCAAGCAGAUGUCUUAUUGUAUCGCUUUCAGCAUAGAUGGCGCUACCGAUGUCACUCGCCGAUACGUACGCAAGAGCGAGCAUGCGCUCGAAAGGAAUAAGUGCCCCGAAGAGGUCAUGCUCUACAUAAUGCAGGAGAUCAAGAACAUUCGACGCAGCAACAUGAGCAAAGAGGAGCGAUUUCGAUUAGAGAAAGAAGACUCGAGGGAGGACCGCGAACUCCGAGGCUACGUCGUCGCCUCAAUCACUCAAGCGGUUACACGCAUGGUUCCGGGACCUUCGGCUUCUGCACCUACCGCCGCCAGUCGACCUUCCGGUUCCUCUUCUGCUAACGAGGACCAGAAGCUCCCUGCCGAACAACCAGCCCGGCAGAGUGGCAACGCGGAAUGGGUUGCCGCUCGUGGGGAGAAUGGGCGACGUAAUCAACAAUUCCAAGAUCCUAGAAACCCGCCCCGACAGUAA